AUGUUACCAAUUCUCGGGUUUUUUAUAUUCCUGAUUAAUUUCGCUAAUGGUGAUCAAGAUUACUUGCAUCUUCGUGUUAUUGAUCCGUCCACAUUACCAUUCUUAUACCGCUUAAGUCCUGGUCAGAUCGGACCACAUUUCAAUACUACUUUCACAUCAACUUCCUUGGUAGUAACUGAUCCUCCUCAUGCUUGUGAGCUAAUAACAAAUACCCGUGAAGUCAGCCGUAAUAUUGCUCUUAUAAUCCGCGGUGGAUGUAGUUUUGUAACUAAAGCCAUUAAUGCCCAUGUAGCUGGUGCAGUUGCUGUAAUUGUCUAUGAUUUCAAUCGAAAAGCAGUUCAGACAUUCAGUAUGAUCCAGGAUGAUACGUCCAGACGUGUUCAAAUACCCUGUGCAUUUAUGAAUGGGAAAGAUGGGCAUACAAUAAUCAGUGCUUUGGAUAGUUUAAAUUUAACCAAAGCAGUAGUCGACUUUCCUGUUAAUGUCACAGCGGUACCAAUCUAUCAACUACGCCUAACUCCAUGGACAUUAUGGUGA